GGAAAGUGCAUCUUUCUUUCCGAGAUCAAUAUCUUGUGAAUCCUUCUUUCAACAAGUAACCUUGAAAAUCAUGGGUUUCCGCUUKCCUGGUUUGCUUCACACAAAGGAGAUUCUUCGCCGCUCUCUUUCAGGAGGGAGGAACCAAUCGCUUUGGUCAACAACGGCCAAUGUUCCCAAGGGUCAUUUGGCAGUUUAUGUAGGAGAAGCAGAAAAGAGGAGGUUUGUUAUUCCAGUAUCCUACUUGAAUCAUCCCUCAUUCCAAGAAUUGUUACGUCAGGCAGAGGAAGAAUUCGGGUUUGAUCAUCCAAUGGGUGGGCUAACGAUUCCUUGCAAGGAAGAUACUUUCAUCCAUCUUUUGAAUGGCUUGUUAGAAGAGUAACACAUCUUCAGGAAGGUCAGCCAUGGAAAAAUGAAUCAAUGCAUAGAAGCUCCUUCGGUUGUCAUUCUAUGCCACAAGCCCACGAGUGACGAGCCAGCCUAUAAGCUCAAAGGGCUCUGCAGCUUCGGAUCCAAAAGAAAGAUUUUUCACUCUUCUGUCAAAGCUAAUGGGAGAAUGGGCCAGCAUUAAAUCCAAACUCUCCAAGUUUGUAUCUUCUGGUGAAACGAAAGACAUUGUAUUAGAAAUUGAGGAGGCGGAUUGAGAUUAAAACUAGUCUCUCAAUUUUUUCAAAGUGUAUUGUUGGCAUUCCAACAUUGUAAAUUUACAGAAUGUAAAUUUACAGAAUGUAAAUUUAAUCUUCCUUUUCCAUUUGUUAUUAGAUCUAAAUCUGUAUUUUUCAGAAUGUAAAUUUACAUUCUGAAAUUGGAAAUACCAUUCAAUAGAAAAUCUUCCUUUUCCA